UCCGGAGCUCCGCCAUUUCUCGGAAACCUCGCUUUUGGAGCAGCUGCUGCGCUGGGCCCGGCCCGGACAUCGGGCCAAGGAACCGUUGCUGCCCUGAACCGCUAGGAGCUCGGGAUGAGCAGGAGCUGAGGGCAGUGGGAGCUGUGGGCUCUUACAGACACAAGAUGCCUGAUGACUUAAUGAGAUGAAGUUGGGCAAGGAGGAACCCCCAGCCCAAGGCCCUUUUCUCUUGCUGCUUGUCCCAAACCAGGAUUUUUUUUUCGUGAGCUGUGGGCGAAUGGAGGAGGAGGAAAAGCCCCAGAGAUCCCUUAUAAGGAGGAGCAGCGAACCCAGCCCAGGGAGCUGUGAGGAGCAAAGACCCUCCCUGAGCCGGGAAGGCGGCCAGAGAUCCAGGUGGAACUCAGAGCUGGUGGAGGAGCCUCGUGGAGGGGAGAAGCCGCACAAGUGCUUGGAAUGUGGGAAGGGUUUCAGCUACAGCUCCUGGCUGGUCAAACACCAGAGGAUCCACACAGGGGAACGUCCCUACGAGUGUGGGGAAUGUGGGAAGGGCUUCAACCAGAGCUCCAGCCUGAUUCAACACCAGAGGAUCCACACUGCGGAACGGCCCUAUGAGUGUGGGAAAUGCAGGAGGAGUUUCCAGACCAUAUCUCAUCUGAUGCGGCACCAGGUGAUCCACACGGGGGAACGGCCCUACACCUGCUUGGAAUGUGGGAAAAGCUUCGGGUGGAGCUCCGCCCUGAGAAGCCACCAGUGCAUUCACACUGGGGAGAGGCUCUUCGAGUGUCCUGAAUGUGGGAAGAGGUUUCAGACCAGCUCCGAUCGCCUCAAACAUGAGCGGAUUCACACAGAGGAGAGGCCCUUCCGCUGCCCCGACUGCGGGAAGGGAUUCAAGCAAAAUUCCGACCUAACCAAACACCAGCGGAUUCACACCGGGGAGAGGCCCUAUGAGUGUCCUGAGUGUGGGAAGAGCUUCUCACAGAGCUCACCCUUGACUCAGCACCAGCGGAAGCACCAUUAAGGGAAGCCCUGUGAGUGCCCCGAGUAAGAGCUUCAUGCUGUGCUCCAGCUCCAUCCCCCAUGGGAGGAUCAGUGUUGGAUGAUCCCCAGUGAUCCCUGUUGUGCAGAGUCCUGGUGAUCUGUGGUCCUGGUGAUCCUUUUUGGGAAGACACCUGGCUGUGGGGGCUCUGCAUCGUCCUGUCUCCCUGUGGGCUCCUGGAUGAAUGCGGGGCAGGAACAUCCAUUGGGACACAAACGGACAUUGGGAAUUUCUUGGGAAGAGAGGAUUUUUGGCUUUCAACCCUGUUGUAAUUCGGUAUAUGAGGUAUAAGAACUGAAAUCAGGAUCCUGUAACCUCCUUCCUGCUAACCCCAGUUCAUGUCUUCCUUUCCGGUCCUGUGACCUUCCCCUGUGUCCUUGUACCCACCAGGGGUCGGGUAUUCCGGCCCCUGUCCCGUCUGUGUCUUCAUCCCAUUGGCAGCUAGCCAAGGCUACACCCAUUUCCCUCUCCUGAAUACCUGUUCCCCAGAGAAACUCGGCCUCUUUCCGGCCAUACCAUCGCCAUGCAAUAAACUGGGACUGAAAGAGCGUCUUUUGUAUCCUUCUCCAUCCAUGAUGCGAUACUUUGUCUGAUCUUAAAUAAUUAGGAAAUAGACACAGUAUAACAGCAUCAGUUGGCGCCCAAUUGUGGGGCUUCAGUUAUAGACCCCAUUUGGCUAAAAAGUGCCUGUUUUAGAACUUUUAAAUGCCCGUUGGGCUGUUCAGCUACCUCUGUGGGUCGGAGCUGCUUUUUGACAGCCCCGAACAUAAGAGGGUGAAAUCGGAUAACUUCUUCGCGAGACUCGGAGGAGCCGAUUCUGGAUUGGAGCUUUUGCAGAGUUACUGCGAGACCGCACUCCGUCUGAGGAAGGUAAAUCCCUUCGGGGAGGCAGGAACCCCUAUCUAGCCCCGAGGUACUGGGGAGGGGGGAGUUUUAGACGGAGUAGCCCCAAAUUCGCGGGGGGAGGUUUGUAUCCCGCGGGGGCAGCGGCGGCAGUUCCGCGUGGAGUGGCGAACACGUGGGCGGUGUUGCGCAAUCCUGCCGGCAUUUACGUGCUCAGCCCCUCCACCGGCGUGUGCUGUACUAUUGGCGUGAGCACGGGCGCGGGAAUUUCCCUUCGGAGGAGUUCCCCGGGACCACCCGGUGCUGCCAUAGCGACAGCCGCGUGUAGCAACAAAGCCCAGCACCCCCACACCUGGGUUUGCAACGGACUGCUAAUUUGUAACUUUCUGCAACAGUAUAGGAAUCGUGCAUUUGUGUUUAUAACAUCGGAAUGGGGGGGAAAUUUUCUGCACAACAAAAGAGCAUUAUUUCUCAGCUUAAAGAAAUGUUAGAUGCGCAGGAUUUUGUAAUUUCUAAAAAACAGAUUAAGCAAUUUGUUAGUUUGUUGUCUCGAGAAGUUAUAGAAUUUGAAAAGCAAGAUGUCACUUCAGUUUUAUUUUGGGACAAUGUUGGAAAUUUAUUAACUUCUAAAAUACAGAAAGGCGAUACCACGGCUGCUUUAUUUUUGCCUAUAUUUCUAAAUAUUCACCAACACUUAACGCAAUUAAAUUCGGAAUCUUCUGUCCCUAAAUUAAACUCCUCUUUGCCUAAUUCGGAAUCUUCUGUCCCUGAAUUAAAAGAGAAAUCAGAAAUACCUCAAGAAACUACUAAUUCUAACAAUCCCCCCAGUUAUACAAUGUUGCCGCCUGAAAAUUCUAAUUUAGAAAAUCACCUUUCUUCAGUGCAAGGGGGAAAAUCUGUACUAACUUCAAACCAUAUGCCUUUUUCUUCCAAUAACCCAUUCCUGCAUCCAACUCCCAUUUCUGCUCCAUAUCCUCCCAGCUAUGUAAACCCAUAUUUCCAAGCUGCUGUUUCUAUAUCACCUUGUAACUAUCUUUCUAACACGGGGACAGAAAACAAUAGGAGCUCCGGGAGGGCUGAGACGGGGGGAGGGGCAGCACGUGUUUCAGGAACGCAGGCAGAGACACAGAACCACUUAACCCCUAACUUGCUGACUAACCCUCCUCAGCUCUUUGAUACAGCUCCAGUUAGUUAUGUGGGUAGAAGGAAUGGUAGAAGAAGCUACGAGCCAUUCUCAUACCAAGAUAAAAAGGAAAUUUGUAAGGUGCAAAGGGAAUUUGGGAGGCAAAGUGAAAUAUUUAAAGGGAUGCUGAGAACAACUCUUUUGUCUAAUGAAUUAGUUCCCCAUGAUAUAAAAGACCUAUUAUGUGUUUGCUAACUCCAGCUGAAUAUGAAUUAUGGCUUAAUAUUUGGAAACGUUCUUUAAGCAGUCUUUUAACAGAGCUUCACAAAAACCCUGAGCAUUCUAAAGAUUCUGAUGAUAAUGAAAUUACAUUGGAUCAUUUAUGUGGGGAGGGUGAUAUUCACUGCCCUGAAAAGCAAAGUCGGUUAUUAUCUAAAUUUAUUUUGAAUAAGGUUAGUGAUGCAGCUGAAAAGGCCUUUAUCAGUUUGCCAACACCUGAAGUAACUACUAGUUAUGUUCAUAUUAAACAGCAUUCUUCUGAGAGUUUUUUAAGUUUUAUAGAUCGAUUAAAGACACAGGUGGAACGCCAGGUGCAAAAUCCAGCCAUGCAUGCAGAACUGAUUAAGGAAUUAGCAGAGAAGAACGCCAAUCAAGCAUGUCGCAGAGUCAUCUCGAGCUUACCACUCUACCCGGAGCCCAGCCUAGCACAGAUGAUCGAAGCAUGCACACGCAAAGCAGAACUGUUCAGUGAUCCUGAGAGGAACCCGAGUCCAGCACCUCCUAAGCCUCCAGCACCUCCACCACCACAGAUGAAGAAGCAGCACAUGUCAUCACAGCAGCUAAAGAAGAUCACCUGUUUCCAGUGUCAGCAGGAAGGACACUUUGCUAGGGACUGUCCUCAGAACAGGAAACAGAAGAAAAUCAGUGGACCAAAAAACUAGAACUGAGGCGCUGGCCUGCCAUAAACACCAUAGAGCGCCAGGAUAGAAAUUCUGCAGGCUAUACUGUAGCAAAAGCCUCUCUCUUAAAAACAAAGGGGGAGGUGGAAGGGACAAUGUGGGGAUAACAGAUGAUAUAAAUGUUAAAUGUUCUCUUAACCAGGUCAGGCAGUCCUGUGGCUGUGUUAGGCUCCAGACUACCAGAGGUUUUCAUUUCAGAUCUGCUGAGUGGACCAUCAUUACAGUGGACAUCUCAAGCCCCUUAAUUGACAUGACGGUUUGCCACAUGGAGAGUGAGUAUUUUGUUGUGGGAGACACUGCACACACACCUUUAGAAAUUGAAAUAGCUCCUAUGAUCAUGAAGGGGAAAAUAUCCAGUGUUAUAAUAUUAGCCCGUUGCUCUCAAGCACCUUUCUAUUUGUGUGAGGGGCAAGUACUGGCC